AUGAACUCCAUUGAUCCGCAAGCCCAUCACACCUCUCCUACAGUCAGCCCACACCAGCCUCAGCACAGAAGCGCCCAGGAAGCCCCGGAGAUGGCCGUUUAUUGCGAUAACUUCAGUAUGUACCACCAGCAGAGUCUGCACGGAGCGCAGAGACCCAGCGGUUACGGGCUGGGGGACUACACGUCCUCCUCAAACCCUUACCUGUGGCUGAACGGACCGGCCGUCAAUUCCACGACGCCAUACCUCCACGGAAACAACUCUGCGCCGUUCAUGCCACCUUCCUACGGGUCGCAGCGGCAGUUCCUGCCCAACUCGUCCGGAUUCGCGGGCGCAGACUUGGGUUGGCUCUCCGUGGCCAGUCAGGAGGAGCUGCUGAAGCUGGUGCGGCCACCGUACUCUUACUCUGCGCUCAUCGCCAUGGCCAUCCAGAACGCUCACGAAAAGAAACUCACCCUGAGUCAGAUCUACCAGUACGUGGCGGACAACUUUCCUUUUUAUAAGAAAAGCAAAGCCGGCUGGCAGAACUCCAUCCGCCACAACCUAUCGCUGAACGACUGCUUCAAGAAGGUGCCCCGAGACGAGGAUGACCCAGGAAAGGGUAACUACUGGACGUUGGACCCUAACUGCGAGAAAAUGUUCGACAACGGAAACUUCCGCAGAAAGAGGAAGCGCCGGUCGGACUCCAGCAACGGGCUUCAUGGCAACACUAAAGUGGAGGAAGGGCGAUCUGCUCAAGUCAUCAAGUCUUCCGACAGUCCCCCCCUCAUGGAGCCUUCUUCUCCGGAGCUGGACUCCAGUGAGGACCAAAAAAGUGUGUCGCCACCGGGACUAUCCACUGCGCCCUGUUUUAACAACUUCUUCAGCAGCAUGUCCGCCCUCGGCUCUGGGGCCCCGGGCAGGCAAGCCUCUCUCGGACUGGUAAACGAGCUGUCAAGCCGUAAUAUCACAGCCGCCAGCCCCUAUCACACAAAUUCUUCUCAGGACAGUGGGACCCCUGAGCUUUCGGACAGCCUGCACCUCAACCGCGGAGUCUACUACAACUCAUUCAGCGGGCAGAAUGGACCGUUCAACGGACACUUCUACAACAGUUUCAGUGUUAACAGUUUGAUAUACCCAAGAGAGGGGACAGAGGUGUAG